UUAAGAAAGAUAACUCUGGAAAGUUUGUUUGCUUACACGAGUUAUCUUUUUUUGCGAUCGUACAGGUACAUGCUGUUUAUACCGAUACUAGGUAUUAAGUCUUCAGUAAAACCUAGCAAUAAAUUCGCCAGAAGGCAAAUUAAUCUAUUCAAAGUGUGAUUUUGUUCUCGGUCUGGUCAUUUUUUUCGAAGAUGUUGUUGAAACAGUUGUUCACUACAGGUAAACUCAAAACAACAGCACCAACAGUUCCUGGUCUGCCCGACCCCGGGGACUGUACAGAACCUCGGAAAGCGGCAGUAUUCCAAGCUGCAAAUGAUGCAGUUGAAACUAUUGUUACAAGUACUACCGAAAGUCCUCUCUCGACACCUAGGAAAAGAAAGCAGGGUGAACAUAACCACCUGGACGAAGAACAAAGGGCUACAAUUGGCAGACUCGCUGUUGAAGACGGUGUUGCAAUGGCAACAAGGCACUUUAUGUCAAAUUCUGGUAUUAAAGUGUCAGAAGUCAGAAUCAACAGUAAGAAGCAUCCUAGACCGAUAUCUAAGAGCAAGAAAAGCAUCUGGGGAUUCACAUCUCGCUGCUCUUAUAAAUCCCCUCGAGGAAACACUUUAAUGCUUGCUUCCUUGGAUAGUGAGGUACAAAACUGGAUCCGCCAAAUACGGCUCAACGGGGGUGUUAUCAAUUUGAAAAUCGUUAUGGCGGGGACGGAUGCUUUUGUGACCAAGUUCGACGGAAAAAUAUUAGCCCGGUUUGGGGGCCACAUCGAAAUCACUAAGCAUCUUGCUAGGUCGAUUAUGCGCCGUAUGGGUUUUGUAAAACAGAAAGGGACAAAACCUGUUAAAACUUUACCAAGUGAUUUUGACGACAUCAAAUGUGAAUUUGUAAAAAAGUCAAUAAUAUUGUGAGUGAGUAUUCUGUUCCGGAUUCUCUUAUAAUCAACUGGGAUCAAAGUGGAUGCCAGCUCGUUCCCGGGGGUGAGUGGACAAUUGAGGAAAAAGGAUCAAAGCAGGUUACAGUCGCCGGAAUUAAAUGAUAAGAUAACACUUCUUUUAGGAAUAACGAAAUCGGGAACUUUACUUCCCCGCAACUUAUAUAUGCAGGAAAAACAUGGCGCUGUCUACCUCAAAGUGUAGAGUUUCCAUCUGAUUGGGAUAUCACGUUCACCGAAACUCACUGGAGCAACGAAAGUUCGAUGCUUCGAUAUGUGGAUAAAGUGAUCGUGUCCUAGGUUAACGAGAUUAGAGAGGAACUUCCGUUAGAUCGAAUCAACCAGAAGGCCAUUGCUAUU